AUGGGGAACGCAAACACAAAGGAGUCCCGCGGCGAUGACAGCGGCCGCCGUGGCCUCCACUCCGCCCUUGACGCCGGUAUAGGCUCCUCGACACAGUCUGGCAGGGAGUCAUCUAGGAGGAACCGCAACACCAGACACGAUCUCAGUGGACUUUUGGGGCGCGCUGCAGGAGGCUCAAGCUCGCACGCCGAUGAGCGCCAUGAACGCAAGGAGACAAAGCAGGAGAGGGAGGCCAGGAGGCUGGAGAGGGAGCGCGUUGCCCGGCUACAAGAGCGAGAGCGGAGCAUGAAAGAGGAGCAUGUUGACGGUGGCUAUCUCGUCACCAUGGGUACCUACGUCGGGCCUGAGGACUUUAACAAACAGAUCGUCAGGCAGUUGAUGAUUGAGCGUAAACUUGCUCCAUUUUGGCGAGGACUAAACGACUUCGACGAGAACUGGACUGAGCCUCAAAUCAUCGCUGCCGCGCGAGGCCUGCCGAUUCCGGCUGCCGGCGAAACUCCCCCGGAUGAGUUGAUCCCACGACCGCGCUCACCUGCUUCACCGACCGACGCGAGCUCGAAUACCAACCACCUGACAGUCCCGAUCGGCGGUCGCAGCCUCUCCACAGCUUCUGAGCAUAGCACAUCCAAUGCGGGCUCUGCGCUGCCCUCUCCCGGUUCCGGCAAAGGGAGCAGUUCGCCUUUUAAGCCCACGCGAGGAAAGGCUAUUGCUGCUGUCUUGGGAGGAGGAUCUUGUCGCAAUGGUUCGAGUACAGAAAUUGCGCCCCGCGAAAUCAUGUUACCCAACGACCCCUUUGUCAACGGACAACCCCUCGAAGUUUUCCUCUACAAGAACGCUACCGAAUGUCCGAUCUGCUUCUUGACGUACCCUCCAUACUUGAACCACACCCGCUGCUGCGACCAGCCCAUUUGCAGCGAAUGCUUCGUCCAGAUUAAGCGGCCGGAUCCGCAUUUCCCAGAGGGACACAACGAGAACGAUCCGAAUAACAAUCCUGAAGAGUCCGCGGGGCUCUUGGUAUCUGAGCCCGCUUGCUGCCCCUACUGCACGCAACCCGACUUUGGCGUCACUUAUGAGCCGCCACCAUUCCGUCGCGGUUUGACCUAUGCCAUUUCACCCCUAGCGCUCGGAAGCACAAGCGCAGCCAUGUCGUCCGAAAGUUCAGUCAAUUCAGGAUCUCUGUCUCCCGGUGUCGCUUCACCAGGUGGCCGUCGUCGCAACCAGUCAUUGUCUGCCAACGCACCGAAUGUCGUUCUGACGGAUAAAGUCCGGCCAGAAUGGGCAACCAAGUUGCAGGCCGCACGAGCACACUUGGCGAGGCGCGCUGCUGCUGCGACAGCCUUACACACAGCAGCGUUCUUGAUGAACAACAACGAGUCUCGUGCGCUUAGGAGUCGCUUCGGGCGUCGGAAUACCGGGGGCUCUGGGUCAGCAUCGGCUACUCCUGGUAACGGCGAUGAGAAUAGGGGUACCGGCCCAGCUACUCCUGCUAAUGCUGGUGCUACUGCCAAUACAGAUCGCGCCGCCGGUUCUAGUGGCAACGGAAACCGACGUAGCCGGUUGGAAGAUCUAGAAGAGAUGAUGUUCGCCGAGGCCAUUCGCUUGUCCUUGGCUGCGGAAGAGGAGCGCAAGAAGAAGGCUGAAAAGGAGGAACAGAAGGAGGCAAAGAAACGCGAGAAGGAACGGGAGAAGGCAGAAAGGAAGGCAGAGAAGGCAGCAGCCAAAGCCGCAGCGAAACAGGGCGGACCCUAUGAGGCAAGCCGCAGUGGGCACAGCUCGGCUAGUGGAAGUAGCCUGAGUCUACCUGGGCUGAGUUUCGGUAGGAAGCGUGGAAAUAGUGCUGCCAGCAACCUCCGAGUCGAAGCCAGCGUAGCCAGCGCUAUGGCAUCCACAGGUGCCGCCAUGACAACGCCAGCAGCUCCCGGAGCGCUAGCGCCAGACUCGAGCACCAAGGACAAGGGUAAAGCCGUUGAUAGAAAUGCGGGCGCAGCGAGCAAUGACGCUUCUGCUUCCUCGCCUUCUGCUCGCCCCAUUCCGUCCCCCCAGCCGAUGGCUGGACCGUCGCAUCUUCGCCAGAUGAGCAGUGCCUCGUCUGCAUCUUCGUCUGCGGUGGAAAGUAACCAGGGCGGCACACAUGUGCCGCCCUCUAACCUCCAGGAUCCUCGCGGUAGCGGUCUCAGUUUAGGUGGCCGUUCUGGAGUUAGCGAAGACGGCGACGAGCAGGACAGGGACCCAAGCACCAGCACUGAGCCCAUGUUCAACUUUAGAAGUUUGGCCGAGGUAGUUGGCGUGAGCAUCGAGGGCGAGCACGCCGGCAAGCGUCUCAGUCAAAUCAAUGCCGACGGGCAAGCGAUCGAGGAAGAAGAUGAGACGGCGAAGUCUGGUGAAGGUGCUGGCGAGCAUGUAGAGCAUGUCUUGGAUUCGCAGACGACUGGUAUUUCGGAGCAGGACUCGGAGAUUAACCCGCAACCUCCCCGGUUAACUAUCACGCUCGAUUCGCCAGCGACAUCGGUCGGGGACGUCAGUACUGCCAGCGACUCGAAGCAUGUCGGCAACGAGACGACUGUGGAGCAUGCGACACAGGUCACGCUGUGA